AUGUUCAAUUAUAGUUAAUAUGAGGAGGAAAUUAAUCAUCCUCAAUAUCGUACCAGAGUGAGAUAUCAGGACAAAGAGGUCAAAAGAAAUCUGAAUGGAUAACUUGAUGUGACAUGUUUUUUAAUGGCUGUAGAAAUUUAGCGUCUGAUUGCUGAAAACACAGAACUGAAAAUUACUAUCAAGCAGCAAUCUGAUAGUGGAUUAGAUAGAAUUAAUUAUGAGAUGUAAAUAAGAGAUCUAAUGGAGAAGCUACAAUAAUUACAGCAAGACAAUUAUAAAAUAGGCAGUGAUAAUGAGAGGCUGAGAAAACUCAUAAGAGACUAUGAAGUUUAAUUAUAACGAUACGAAACUUAGUUACGUGACUAUGAUCCAAAUUGGAAAAAAGAAUUAGAACAAUAAAAAAAACAGCUAGUAUAAUUGUAAAAAAAGAUAGGCGAUGAUGAUGUUGAUGAUUUGAGGUCUCAAUUAAGCAAAUUGAAAAAGAAGCUAGGGGAUUAUGAAAAACAGUUUAAUGGCAAGACUCCAGAAGAAUUAUAAAGAAUUUUAGAUGACUUACAAAGAAAGGCCAAAUAAUUAGAGGAUAUAUAAAAUAAGAUUGGAGGAAUGGAUCCUGACACCUUAGCCAAAAAACUGAAGGAAUUAGAGAAGUUGUAAAAGUCAUUUGGAGGAAGUCCAGAAGAUUUAUUAAAAGAAUUAGAAAGAUUGAAAAAAAAGGCAAAAGAUGCUGAUGAUCUCAAAAAAGAAUUAGAUAGAUAGCUAAGAGAGAAUGAUAAAUAGAAAACUGAUUUAGAUGUACUUGAUGAUUUAAGAAAAAACGCAUAAAAUUUGUAAAUGGAAAAUAGGCAAUUAAAUUAAUAAUUGAAUGAUAUGAAAAAUAAAUUAAGGGAUGCAGAUCAAUUAAGAUUAGAAAUUGAAUAAUACAAAGAGUUAUUAAAGAAGAAGGAUUAAGAAUUAGCAUAUCUUAAAAAUUAAUUAUCCGAUUCAUAACGAUAAUUAUAAGAUACUCAAAGACAAUUGUAGGAUUAAUUAAGAUAAUUGGGAGAUUUUUAGUAGAGAAUUAGAUCGGCAGAACAAGAUAAAUUAAGAUUACAGUCAGAGUUAAACAAUUGUCUAGAUGAAUUAGAUUCAGCAGAUGGGCAAAAGGAAGCUGCAUCUCAGUUAAAAGAUGAAAAUGAUAAAUUAAAUUAAGAGGUAGAUUAAUUAAAUGAUGAUAAAAACAGAUUAUCAAAUGAAAAUGAAGAACUAAGAAAUCGAUUAAGUGAUUUAAUGAGAUAAUUAUAAGAUAAAGAUAAUAAAUUAAAGGAUUUGCAAUAAGAUAUAAACAAAAAGAAUUCAGAAUUGAAGGAUUUAGGUAAUAAAUUAAAGGAAGCUAAUGAUAAAAUUGAGUGGAUUAAAAAUGAAUUCGGUUUGACGGAUGAUGACUUAGACCCUAAAAAAAGAAAACUGAAUGCCAAAAAUAUUAAGGAAAAUAUUCUUUUCUCUAAUAUCUAACCAUCUAAUUUAUUAUUGAAUCUUCUACUAUAAUCGGCUGAAAUUGAAAGAUUAGGAAUAAUAGUUGAUAAAUAUUAUAGUGAAAAUGAUUCAUUAUAGAUUUAAGUGAAGACUUACAAAUAAAAGUAUGAACAAAUUAGUCAAUAAUUGUAGCAAUAACUUAUUUUGUAAUCUUAAAUGACUCAAGGUAAUGAAAUCGAGAAAUUAAAGGAAUAUUAUGAAAAUAAAAUAGUAAUGUUGACAAUGGAAGUAAGUAGAUUAAAAAAAUAAUAAACUUAUAGUUCAUAUUAAUCAAUACCUGUGACUCAUAAUUUAUAACCUAGACCAAAUAGUUAAAAUUUUGGUGAUAUUUCAGAAACUCCUUAAAUUCAACCUAAAAGAGAAGAAGAUUUAUUGAGUUUAAUUGUAUUAAUGGGAGUAGAAAUAUAACAUCUGAGAGAUCAGAAUAGUACAUUACUUUUGUAAAAAAAUGAUAAAGAUUUGAUCAAAGGAUUAUUAACAACGAGUGGGCAUGAAAGUCAAACAAAAAAAUAAAUCAAAACGCAACUUAAUGAAUAUACAAAUAAUUAUGAAAAUAAUUCUUAAAGGGAUUCAUAUAAAGGAUUGACCAGAAAUUCAUUCUAGGAUUUCUAGAAUAGCUAUUCUUAAAUCAACACUUCAAGCUAGUAGCGAGUAAAAACUACAAAUGACUCAAGGCAGAAUGAUGCUUUCAAUUUAGACAGAAUUGCAUCAUAAUAAGUUGGCAAUGGUUCUUAAUAAUCUUAUCAAUAUUAAGCUUAAAUUCCCUAUAAAUAUGAUCAUAGUUCGUCAUUAAGUGGAAGUGGAAGCUUUUUAAAAGUUGGUAAAUUUGAAUAAUCUAAAUAUGUAAAUUGA